AUGGCCACAUCUCCAUCUCCCUCCCACGACUCCCUUCCACCAAAGCAGCAAGAAGAUAACAGUGAGCCGGAUCCGACUCGCGGACAAGGAAUUCCGGCAUACAAGGAACUCAUCUCAACCCUUCCCUCACACAAAGGAUGGCACCCCACUCUCCUCCUAAAAUACCAGGACUUCUGGUUCCCUGAAUACAUACUCCCAGGCAUCAUCAACCUCCAACAACACUUCAAGGCCUGCCCCAGCGAUCUCUUCCUCAUGAGCUACCCAAAGUCCGGCACCACCUGGCUAAAAGCACUAGCUUUUGCCACCAUAAACCGAAACCGCUACCAACUUGCCAACCAUCCUCUCCUCAGCCACAAUCCUCACGACUGCAUCCCCGUAAUUGACGUCGAUUUUGCCUCCAGAAUAGAAGGCAUGCCUUCCCCAAGGAUCCUCCAGUCCCACUGUCCUUUCUCACUGUUGCCAGACUCCAUCAAGGGUUCCGACUGCCGAAUAAUAUAUGUUUGCCGGGAUGCAAAGGAUGUAAUGGUUUCGGACUGGUUCUUCACUAACAGGUUGAGGAGAUCCAACGAGGUGGAGCUGGUGCAAUUCGGUAAGGCUUUCGAGCUGUUUUGCGAGGGUAUUUGCUAUUAUGGGCCAAUAUGGGAUCACGUUCUUGAGUACUGGGAAGAGAGCUUGCGAAGGCCCGAGAGGGUGUUAUUCUUGAAGUACGAGGAGAUGCUAGCGGACCCGGCGGGGAAUUUGAAGAAGUUGGCGGAGUUUAUGGGAUGCCCCUUCUCCCCGGACGAAGAGAAGGACGGGGUGGUGGGUGAGAUUGUAAGGUUAUGUAGCCUUGAGAAACUGAAGAACCUGGAGGUAAAUAAGAGGAGUGAAUUCAUAAUGCCGCACAUCAAAUUUGAUUAUGGUUCCUAUUUUAGGAAAGGAGAGGUGGGAGAUUGGAGAAAUCAUAUGAAUCUUGAGAUGGCUCUUAGGCUCGACGGGAUCAUUCGAGAAAAGAUUGGAGGAACCGGUCUGACCCUUGGCAGUGUUGGGGACUCUGACAGCAGCUAUCGGCAGCCGAGUUCGUAG